GCCGCGACGGCAGAGCGGAAGCGAUGGAGCCGGCGAAGAUGGCGUCUCCCAAGAGCGCGCCCAAAGAUGCGCAGGUCAUGGCGCAGAUCCUGAAGGACAUGGGCAUCACGGAGUACGAGCCGCGCGUCAUCAACCAGAUGCUGGAGUUCGCCUACAGAUAUGUGACAACUAUACUAGAAGAUGCAAAGAUUUAUUCAAGCCAUGCUAAGAAAUCCAAUGUCGACGCAGAUGAUGUGAGAUUAGCGAUCCAGUGUCGGACGGACCAGUCAUUUACAUCUCCACCUCCGAGAGAUUUCUUGUUAGAUAUUGCAAGACAGAAAAAUCAAACGCCUUUGCCAUUGAUAAAGCCUUAUUCUGGACCUAGACUUCCACCUGACAGAUACUGUUUAACAGCUCCAAACUACAGACUGAAGUCCUUACAGAAGAAGGUCUCUUCCUCUGCAGGAAGAAUAACAGUCCCUCGCUUGAGUGUUGGUGCUGUAAGCAGCAGACCUAGCACACCUACUUUAGGUACACCUUCAGCACAAACAGUCUCUGUUUCAACAAAAGUUGGCACUCCAGUGUCGCUGACUGGUCAGAGGUUCACCGUACAGAUCCCAUCUUCUCAGGCAACAGUUAAAUCAGCCACACCAACAACUCCAACAGUUCAGAAUGUUCUAAUUAAUCCUUCAUUAAUUGGUCCAAAGAACAUUCUUAUUACUACAAAUAUGGUAUCAUCACAGAAUACAUCUAGUGAAUCAAAUCCCUUGAAAAGGAAGCAUGAAGAUGAUGACGACUAUGAUAAUUUGUGAAGAGACUGUCUGGUCCCCUUCCAUUCUUCAGAAAUGUGAUUCAUAUUGAGUCUGGUAGGGUAUUUGCUAAAUGUUCUUCGCAAACUCUAUGACAGCAUGUAAAUAUUUUGUUAAUAUGCAGUUGGUUAUAGAGUGAGAGAAAGAUCAUUGUCCUGUGGAAAGACUAAAAAGCAACUUAUCUUUUUCUUUGGUCUGUAACAUCUUUUAGACCUCAAUAGAAACGGUAAGAAACUAGUCACUGUUACACAGGAACACAGCCUUCAUGUCUCUUCUGUUAUCUGUAUUUCGAACAGAAGUGUUUAUGGCUUUGAAGACUGGUGAGCCAGGUGCUUUCAUAGUACUGUACCGUGCCAAGUACAAAUAAUUUUUAGAAAGCACUGGGUAAUGUAGACUCUGAUAUAGAUACUUAAUUUCAAAUCAAAUAAAAAGAGAACACAGUCCUCGGUGAGGAGGGAAACAGCCAGAGAGAGAAAAUUGGCCUUUUUUCCCCCCAAAUACAUUUACAGCUUCUAGAUUGUGUUACUUCUAUAUUCUGUUCUCCAUUUGCAGUUUUAAUAGGUGUGAAGAUUAUCACUUACAGUAGAAACACAGACAAACAGUAAAGGAUGGGUUUUCUGCAGAACACUUGCUCAGUUUUAACCUCAGUCAUAGAUUAGUGAUUUUUGUUGGUCUUCACACCUACAGCAGUAUACACAUGACCAUGCUUCAAGUUGGUGAAAGAGGUAAAAGCACAGCUAUGAUUUGUUCUUUAUUUGUUUCCAAAGAGCGUAACGGUAUCAGUCAUCAGUUCAUUAGACUUGUAGUUAUAUAUGUGUGUGUGUUCAAUAAAAUGCCAUUAACAUCAUGGUACCCAGGGGGAAUCUGACUAAGGGCAAAGGGGAAAGUACUGUUUUUCAGGAGCAAGUUGCUUUUGUUCUGUAUUAAGAGCCUAAGUAUUUGCCACUGAACCACUGAAAAACAAACUUAAGAUGUGUUCAUAUAUUAUAUAUAUUUUUAAAAAGUG